UCUAUUCAAGAAACAAUCCAAAAAAAAAAAAAAAGAAAAGAAAAUGUCUGAAAGCAGGGACAAUGAUGAUAAAGAAGGGAAAAGGAAGAAGAAGUCGGAUGUUCAGCAAGAAGAACAAGUCUCCAAAGGAGGAAGUGCAUCAUCUUCAACUCCAUUGAUGGAGACUGCAACUCAAACAGAGGGCUCCGGAGAAGGAAAUGUUCAUCUUCCCUUCCACAAACUCACUACUCACUAUGAUCAUGAUGAUGUUAUCUCACAAUCAAAAUCUGGAGCUGCUAUCAACCGAAGAGAUGAUUUCUCAUUGUCUAACAUAGCCAGACUUGGUGAAUUCAAGAGGAUGGGACAUUUUCUGUUUGAGUUGCAGUUAACUUGCAGCGACAUUGAAUGUGGCAAGCUAACCAUUCCUGUCAAAACGGCAUCAUCCCAUUUUCCUUCAACAACUCUGACAUCAAAUUUUGAGUACCCGAUUGUAAUUUCCGACACUCAAAAUGACAUUUGGUACAUGAAACUCACCUAUUACAAAGAUCUGCAAGAACAUGCCUCCAAGUUUGCAUGUACCUUCAAAUUCAUGAUUACAAGUGGAUGGCAGGGGUUCGUUGAUUGGCACGGUUUGAAAGCUAUGGAUGUGAUUCACUUCUACAGACCAUUCCCAAGAUUACACAUGAAGCAUUACCUGAUUGAUUAUGUCAAAGCCGAAGGAAAUAUUGUUUCACCCUCUAAGAAUUCGUGUAUGAAACAAGUCGGUGUUGAGGCUUGUGAUGAGGUGGAUUUCUAUAGGAGAAUUUUUCUCUUUGAUGUGCAGUUAACUCCUAGUGAUGUUGAACACGGCAGGCUCUUCGUUCCUGUUGAAAGAGCAGAAAAGCAUUUCCCUCCUGUACUGACUCAUGAACCAUAUUAUGAGCACCAGAUUGAAAUUUCCGACACUCAAAACCACAAUUGGCACAUGAGCCUGAUCUACAAUAGCUUGGAAGGUGCCUUUGUUAUCACAAGAGGGUGGCACAGGUUUGUUGUUAGGCACAAUUUGGAAGCCAUGGAUGUGAUUAGUUUCUACAAACAUCCCUCACGCUUACACAACAGACAUUUCCUGAUUCAAAACGUCAAAGCAGGGGAACUUGAGACAGAAAACCCUCCUGAAUUCAUGCCUGAAAAUUUUCUGUUUGAGGUGCAAUUUGUUGAAUUGGCUACAGAUUCUGGAGGUCACCCCAUGUGAAAGGGGUGAUCCUCAUGUCAACAAUGGAAGGCCACCAACCUCAUGUCAACAAUGGAAGGCCACCAACCAUGUCAAAAGUCAAAGAAUGAGGGCUCUCCCACCUACUCCUUUGUGUAUAAAUAGAGACGGGAGGGAGAGGAUAUAGAUAUCAGAUGUGGAGCUGAGAGGUGUGAGUUGAGAGCAAGGAGAGAGAGAAU